CCUAGUAACAGCAGCGCGAAAGUACUUACAAAUUUCGACGAAUGGAUUGAGUUAAUCAGACAUUUAAAGUGUGGAAACGUUUUACUGGCAUGGCAAGCUCUGUGACAUCUACUGCGGCUAACUCAGCAGCAACAGAAGAUAUUUCCAUCCCCACACCGUCGCCGUUGGAAACCACACCGGCCAGAACUUUAAAACGAUUGGGCCAUACAUCACCAUCGACAUCGGUUAUAUGUGAGGAAGUAUUUGACGAUGCAUAUCCGCCAUCAACAGAGGAAAUUUGUGAAUAUGCAUCGCUGAUUGGCAUUGAUCCAAUCAAGGAGCCGCAUUUGCUAUAUCUGGCCAAGGAGGGUUUGAUGGCUGCAAUGCCCUCGGAUUGGAAAAUAUGCUACUCUGAAGAGAAGAGCGGACAUUAUUAUUACAACACACGCACCAAACAAUCACAAUGGGAUCAUCCACUGGACGCUGUGUACCGGGACCUGGUGCAUCAAACGAGGCAAAAAACCAUCGGUGGUAGCACACCUAUUAUUGACAAUUCGGAUGAUGUGUCGCAGUUGGAUUCGGGAAUUCGCAGCAUGCAGGGUACUGACGAGCUCGUAGAUGAUAUGAGUUCCGCGUUAAACAAUGGUGGAGGCCACGUCCAGAAGACGACAAUAAGCAUUCCAGCAACGGUAUCAACAACAUUGGGCACCACAUCGCCCAGUUGUUCUGUUGCUCCCAGCAGCUUCAGCGGUGGUGUGAGCCGCUUUUUGGAAUCACGUAACAAGAACUUUGGGGGCAUCUUUCAGAUGGUGAAAAAUUCACGCUUCGAGGUGGCCAAGACUAAUGCACAGAUAAAUCUAGCUAUGAAAUUUCACGCGCCAGAACAAUCGGAUCAGCUACUGGACCAUCAACAAGGGACGAUUGAAAUUCAAAGCGAAGAAAGCGGUGGUUUUCAUCUGACAGGUACGGGCGCAAUGUUUCUUAAGUCGCGACGUCAGCUGGAUAAACCAACAGUGAACGCAGUUGCACCUGUCAAUGAUGGUGUCAGCGAUAACCGUAUAUUUGGCGAUUUUCUCAGCUCCUCGCCUGGUGUUAAAGGCAUUCUGCGUGAUUCCAGUUUGACAGAUAUGCGUCGACGCCUGGAACGCAAUGAAACCGCCUUAACUGAGACAGAAGACAAAAAGAUUGUGCGUUUUAAUCUAGAAGAAACACAGCGUUUGCGCAGCUCACCCGAAGAAGAUGCCAGCGGUGGGAGUGCGCGGAAGCUUACACAAAGUCCUGAAUUGUCUAUUAACUCUGAUGAUGUUGUGGAUGAUGACGACGCGGAGGGCGCAGACGAUGUUGAAGAGGAUGAUGAUGACGAUGUUUGGGAUGAGGAUGGAAUUGAUCCAGAUGCUAUGGAGGGCAUGUGUAGUCUGAAUCCUUUUAUUACUAACGAUCCAAACAAACCCGUACGCAUUAUUAACCUACCUAAAGCACAAACCAUGCAAAUGCUUAAGACGUUGCCAACAAUGGAUAAAGCAGGAGCAUUGGAUUUGGGUGGGACAGGUUCAAAUGGUAGUUAUUUAGAUAAGCUUAAGGAAAAUUCGACUGUAAAGCCUUUGUACGAGGACACAGAUUCUGAUUCAAAGGGCAGCUCUGUACGCAGCUUUAUCAUUAAUAAGUCCGACCAGGACUCUAUGCAUUCGAGUAAUCCCUUUGAUUUGCAUGAGCUUGGCCGUCAGCAUAAAAAUGAAAUGGAUCAGCUACAACGUAAAUUACAUCAGCAAUUGCAGCCACAAGGAGUGUCAUCACUGACUACCGAAAAGCUAGGUGGCUGUUCCCUUAAAAUAGCCAGCAAACUGGUGGGCUUGCUCAAACAAAAGGACAAUACUGGGCAAAGUAUAGAUCCCGUAGACCCAAAAUCUACAGUCCAAUUGGAUGAAGAGACUGAUAUCAUAAAGCGCGAGUAUGACGAAAAACUUAAGAGCAUGCGACAUGAGUACAAUUUGCGCCUGGCUUCACAUCGGCAUCAGUUGGAGGAGGCUUAUGAGCAACAAUUAGACGAAAGUCGUGCUCAAAUGGAGCAGCAGCUUCAAGCCAAACGAUCACUGGUAAUCAAUGAUCACAAGGCGCGUAUGGCAACUCUACAAACUAAUCAUACGGAGAUAGUGCAAGAACUGGAGCGUGAUUUGCGUAGUGAAGAAGAAAUACUGCGCCGAGAGCAUACUGCAAAGCUGGCGCAAAUGCGCGACAAGUUCAGGCAGGAGCUAGAGCACGAGAAACAGCGACUACUAGAAACUGGAGAGGAACGCCUUUAUGAGAAAGUACGUUGUGAAAAACGGCUAUUAGAAGACAAGUAUCGUUGUUUAAAAGAAAAGUAUGUACGCCUCAAGACUGAUGUUAAGCUUUCGCUUGAGCGACGAAAUCAACGCCGUGAGGCGCAGGCUUUGCAACAGCAUACAAACACUAAUACAAACACAACAACUGGAUCGGAAACAGAGCGUUCCAUCUCCAACAAGCCAUCCAUAGGAAAUAGUGAAAAUCGUUCGUUGAGCUACUCAGAACAGGUAGCAGCAGGUGGCAGUAAGAAUGCCCCAGUAGGUAAGCCACCUGUGCCACCUAAGACUCAUUUAUGUAAGCCAAGCAUUGGAUCCAAGUACAGUAAACAGCUGCAACUGCAGGAUGACAACACCACAUCAAUAAGCCAAUCGGAUACAACCAUGUCGAACAAUUAUAGCAAAAGACGUUAUUUGCCUGGGCCUACGUCAGGGGGCGGACUUGGUACCCUUCUCAGUGAUAAUGGCAAUUCGGACUCAGAAGCUGCAAUGCAAUGUAAUCUUGAAAAUAACAACAAUAACAGCAACAAAUCGGGGCCACGAAAGAAGCUUUUUUCCCGUACAAAAUCUGCUUCCACAUCGCGUCUCAACUCAGCAGAGCCUAAUUACAAGCAGCAUCAGCAGCAUUUUCUCGAUCGUUCAUGUACACCUGUUGAAAGUCUGCGCCAUCAGUUGCAAAAGCUUGAGGAUCUGGAGGAUCAGUUUCCCGAUCACACACUGGAUAUUACUUACCAUUUGCGUUAUCCAUUCACAGAUAUAUCCAAUGAGCACGCCAUUGGCGUUGGUUCCGAGCUGGAGUUUUUCAAGCAUCGUAUACACUUAGAACGAGAUUCAGUGCGUCGUGCAAAAGAAUCGCUUCGCACGCAGCGCACCAAUUUUCGGGAGCGCCAACGCGAGAUGAAGCAAAGACACAAGGCGUUUAAUUUGCUUUUAGCACCACGUCACACGCUUGAUCAGCUAAUACAAGAGGAGAAAGAGCUAACUGAAAUGGAAGUUAAUUUACAUCGCACGCGUGCGUUGCUUGGUGAAAAGGUGAUACGGCUACGCCAUUUGGAGCAGAGUUUGUCGCGCAUAUAUGAAAAGGAAAAGCCCACUGUAGAGGUAGAGGUGAAAGAUGAUACGACUACGCUUAGUGAUUUAUCCUCGCAUACCAGUUCUGGCUUUAGCAGCACGGAUUUUGCCAGUGGAGCUGACUUGCAUAAACGCAAGGAAUAUUUCCAACAAGAGUCUAAUGACUGCAUUCAAAGUCUUGAGACCCUAAAUGCGGAGAUAUGUGAAGUACUUAAAAUACUGAGUCAGAAGCAGCAGAAACAGCAGCCACAAACGCCAUUGACCCAGCGUCAUACAAUGCCUAUGAUAUCUCCCAACGAUUUGAGCUGGUCGAACUUUCUCAGUCAUCCUGGAACAGUGACUGCCGACGUUACAAUGCAGAUAAACACUUCGACGCAUAGCACAAGUAGUGCAGGCUCAGCUGUUCUCCACGCCCCACAAUCCAUUCCCACGUUAGCCGAUCGCUUAGAGACUUAUCGUCACCUGGCCGCCGGUCGUAUGCAGAGCUCCAUGGGCGGCGCAUUACUUGCGGCUAACACUAUUGUGUCACAGAGCCCACGCGCUGUCAACUAUACGACCAGUUUGGUAGAGCGCACACGAGACUUACGCAACUGGUUGCGUCAGGCUAAGACCGAGCACGAGCUGCUAACUGGAAUACAGCAUGGAAUGACGCUGCACACGGCAGCUGAAGGUGGUGUAGGUGAAGUUAGAGCAGUUCAUGAAAGUGCGGGGGGAGGGGCUGCAGCUGAAGGGACGGCAUUAGCGAACUCUGAAUCCCAACCACAGUCUAAUCUGUAGAACUUACUACUAAUCAUGUUAUUUCGUCGAAAAAUGACCUAUGCGUUAGUCGUUUGAACUCAGUUAUGUUUCGAAGUGAAGAAGAAUUGAAGUAAUUUUUCAUGCAUGUUCAAACUAGUCAAAGUUUAGUUGUUAAAUUGUAUAUAUACAUAUACUCAAUAUACAUAUAAUAGAUAUUGAUAAAAACGAAACAAAUGCGAAACUGAAAUUAUUUUGUUUCGUUUUACGAUGAAAUAACGAUAUUUUGAUGUUUGUGCUCGUUAGUGGAUGCACAUAAUAAGGAAAACAUGCAUAGAGUAUACACCAAAGGUGUUAACUCGUUAA